AUGGACGUGUGGGGCCCAGCCCGCGUCCAGGGACAGGGCCGCGAGCAAUACAUUCUGCUGGUUGUUGACAACAACACGCGUUACACCACGGUCGUCCCCUUGCACAGUACGGGGGAGGUCCCUGAUGUUUUGAUCCCUUGGAUCCGCGCUCGCCAUCUCCAGCUCCGUAAGCGGUUCCGCACGGACCAUCCUGUCAUGCGUUUGCACUCUAACAGAGGUGGUGUGUUCUCCUCCGACCUCUUGUGGGACUUCUGUCAUGGGAAGGGCAUCCUCCUGUCAUUCACGCUUCCGGCCUCCCCGCAGCAGAAUGGGGUAGCUGAGCGCCGCAUUGGCCUAGUCAUGGAGCCCCGUGUCUCCUUGCCGGAGACCUCGCCUACACUGCGUUGGACGGGGGAGGUUGGCGAUGCGUCGGUGUUCCGGGUCUGGGGUGCUCGUGCAUUUGUCCGCGAUACCUUUGUGGACAAGCUCUCCUCCCACGCCAUUCUCUGUGCCUUCCUUGGCUUUCCCCCUGACGCGCCUGGUUGGCAGUUUUACCACCCCACCUCGCGCCGUGUCUUGUCCUCUCAGGACGUCACGUUUGACGAGUCGGUUCCCUUUUACCAUCUCUUCCCCUACCGCACUGCCCCUCUCCCCCCCCUGCCACGCUUCCUCACUCCAGGUCCCCCUCCGGUAGACUCCCUUCCCCCUUUAGGGUCCUGCUCCUUCAGGGGACCGAGCCUGAGAGAGUGUGCGGAGCCUGGGGGUGCUGAGCCUGGGGGUACUGAGCCUGGGGGUGCGGAGCCUGGGGGUGUUGAGCCUGGGGGUGCUGAGCCUGCGGGUGCGGAGCCUGGAGGUGCUGAGUCCUGGGGUGCUGAGCCUAGGGGUACUGCUUCUACACUACGUGAGCCUCGCUCAUCACAGCAGCUGCGCGAGUGGUACACUCAGCACUGCCGCCUUCGGAGUGGCGCUGCUGGAGCUGGAGGCCCUGGAGCUGCUAGUCCUAGAGGUGCGAGAGGUACUACUAGAGGUGCUGGAGGUACUGGAGGAGCUAGAGUUGUUAAUCCUGGAGGUGCUCGUACUGGAGGUACUGGAGCUGCCGGAGCUGGUGGUGCUGCCAGUACUGGUGGUGCUGGCACUGCUAGUCCCGGAGGUGCUCGUACUGGAGGCACUGCGGCUGGAGACGCUGGAGCUGGAGGUACCAUGGAGCUAGAGCUGCUGGUCUCGAAGGUGCUAGUUUGGGAGGUACUGGAGCUGCCGGAGCUGGUGGUGCUGCUGGUGCUGGAGGUGCUGGUGGUGCUGGCACUGCUGGUCCCGGAGGUGCUCGUACUAGAGGUGCUGGAGCUGUCGGAGCUGGUGGCGCUGCGGGCUCUGGAGCUGGAAGCGCCGGCGCUGGAGGCGCUGGAGCUACUGGCGCUAGCACUGGAGCUACUGGAGCUGGAGGCGCUGGAGCUAGAGGCGCUGGAGCUGGAGGUUUUGGAGCUGCUGGAGGAGUUGGAGCUGCUGAUACUCAUACUAGAGGUUCUUAGCCUCCCGUCUUCUACUGGCCUCCCGUUACAGCCAGGCUCCCCACUACCUGCUCCUUCUCCUUACACUGAGCAGGCAGACUCGAUUAGAGAGCGUCGUGAGCCUGCGUCUCGUCCUGCCUCGCCUGUUCGCGCUGGUCGCACUGGUAGCCGUGUUCCUCGUCCGCGUCCUCCUCCUGUCCCUGACAAUUUGUCCUUCCUCUGUUCCACAGCGUGUCCCCCUGCCGUCUCCUCCUGCGUCCUCUCUUCCGCACGUUAA